AUGGCAAGCUGGAGCGAGUCAGACGCAAAAGGACAGCUUCGUCGCCUUAUGGGCGCAUAUGCAGUCAUCUUCAUCGCGUCCAUGUAUUUCCUUUUAUCCCGAGGGCGAAGGGAAACUAGACACAUGCGCCUAGUCCCUGUAACGGUGGCCUUCUUUGCCAUAGCGGCGGCGCAAGUCGUCGUGCAAUUCGUGCUCGUUCUCACAACCACCUUCGCUCCUGGAGAACACUCGGAAGACCCUGAGAGCCCAGCUCGCAACCUCAAUAGGAAUAAUCUGUUGGAGGCAGUUAUCAGCUUCUUUUCGACGGCCUUUUGGUGCAUUUGGCGUUGUUACAACAUCUGGGACCACCGCGGGCUAGUCAUUGUCGUCCCCUCAGUAAUUCUGCUAUCCGGAAGUGGGGCUGGAUACGCGAGCUUCGGCCUCCUACUCCAAUACUAUGUCAUGACCAAGGAUAUCAGUGCUGGCAUCGUUGGGCCCCCUGCGGCUACGACAACCGUCUUUCAUCAGCAAGGUGCCUUGAACGCCUUAUUUUACGCCGAGACGUUCGUCGGUAACGCUGCCGUGACGAUCCUGAUAAUCUGGAAGAUAUUCCGCACCACUCGACGCUUGAGAACUUCUGCCUUAUUCGCAGACAGUCAGUCAUAUACCCGUAUAAUUGCUACUCUUGUUGAAGCCAGCCUGGGGCACUCCUGCUGUCUUCUGUUCGCCGCUCUCGUUACAAUCCAUGUAACGGCCAUCGAAGCAAGCCGAUAUGUCAUUGUUAUGGCGGCUGCCGGUAUCUCAGCUGGUGCAGGACCCACGAUGAUCAUAUUCAUGCUCGCCGUCGGGAAGACCAUAGAACACCGAUCCAGCAGAGCCGGGGAUAAUCCAGCCCGCCCAACUGCAGUUGUCAAUCUUCCGAGUAGAAGUGAUGGGAGCGCUACUUUGAAGGAUUUCGGUGAGAUACACGAACUGCGAUCGCCAUCUUCGUAUAACGAGGAUCGUUCGGAAGCAUGA